CUGUGGGGCUGCUUCCUGUUCCGGCCUGUCGUCCUUGUUCGGUCUGCUCCACGGGCAUCUUUCGUGACCGAAAUCAGAUUGGCCACGCUUUAAUAUCCAGCGGAGAGGCCAAAGAAUGGUGUUCAUACCCCCCGACCAGCUCAAGUAUGUAUAUAUAUAUGAACUGUGGGAACAAAAGCGGAAACAGCUGGGCUGGAAGCCGUUCAGCUACUACAGGACACCAGCAGAUGAAGAAGGCCUUGAGAAGAUGCUGUAUCUCUCACUUUAUUCAAUGAAAUACGGUACUGUAGCCGGCUUGUACGACGGACUGGCUGUUUCGGAAGCGAAAACGUUGAAGCACUACCUGGGACGUGUAGGCUACUGGACGGUUCCGGGGGUGGUGUCCACUGGUGCUUUUGUGGCCACAAAUCACGUCCUGGCAAAGCUCACUGGCAAGGACUCGGUGUACAACCACAUGGCGAGUGCCGUAGUUGCUGCCUCCGUGUGGGGAGCAAAAUUCAAUAGCUACACUUUGGGCAUUCCUCUCGCCAUCGGCUUAGCUGUAAUUUGCGGCGUUAAGAAGUUGUCACUCGAUGCUGGAAUGGCGACCAUGUCGGGAGACACCCCCAAGUACCCGGAAUACUGGUACUUCGCACAGAAGCAUGACCUCUCCAUCAUGAAGGAGUAGUGGGCUUCCAAGCUGCCCUGCUGUUUUCUUUGUUUCCUCGUGUAUACGAUGCUGUGUGCACUGUUGUAGAAUAAAGCCGAUACGAACUCUAUGGAUUACAAGUGGCCUUUAUGCCUUGAAAGAUUGAAAAAUACUUUUCAAUAAAACACUAAACCGAAUCAGCUUAAAAAA